GAGAAGUGACACUGGUGCAGUGGACAGACCAGCUCGCUUCCCACUAUCUCCUGCCCUGCUCAUUUCCUCUCUCCGUCCCCCGUUCACUCCAUAACUCCCCAUCUGUCCGGGUAAACGCUCAGCAAACAGGAGAUCGCCGGGAUCCGGACUCCAGUCCCAGAUUUUUGCUCCAGCCAUGCAGUUGGAACCAGCAGCAGCAGUAAAUGCCUGUUGUGCCUGCCUCUCUCCUCUCCCUCUCCCUCUUUUGCUGCGCGCCACUCUGCUCUGCUGCAGUGGAUGGUCCUCGCGGUGCGCUCGCGACUCGCUCUCAGCGGAGGGGAUCUGAGCAUCUCGCUGUCAUUUUCCCACCCUUCUUCCCCCCGUCUCCGAGCCGUCCUCCUUUCGCCGCUCCUUUCAUCAGAGGAUAAAUGUGAGGGAAAAGUCGUAGGAUAGAUGAGAGGGGAAGGGAAGAGCUCAGGAAGUCUUUAAGCCAACAUCUCUUACAUGUAUGACUGUGUGAUCUGCUGUCUCCGGAUGACAGAGAAGCGCAUGAUAUUAAAUGCCUCCAGCUUUUAGACUCUCUAACAGAAUCACAGUGCACACUGUGUGGUGAACCAGAAGACCAACAGUAUUCAUGGUCGCCCUCGCCGUACUUCGAUGAGGACAGCUACUCCCCUCCACCCAGGAACAUGAAGGGUCUAUCUGGCGGCCGCCCUGCCCAGCUCCAGCUCACCUCCCCCACCUCAGCCCACACAUGCGGCCUGGCUGAAUGCGACCAUUCACUGGACCACCACCUCCACCAUGGUGACUCACGGCCCCCCUCCUACCUCCUCAGCCCCACUGAGAGCUGCCCCCUUGAGGGUCACCAUCGUUGCUCUCCACGGAGCUCCAUUCACUCUGAGUGCAUGGUGAUGCCGGUGUCCAUGUCGGCCACCGACCACUCCAUGUCUAGUAGCACUUUCCCUCGCAUGCACUACGGUAGCGCUACGCGGGACAGCGGUGGAAACACUUCUGGCGGCAGGGAAUCCCGAGAUGACGGUGGCUCAUCCUCGCAUGGUGGAAGCGGCAAAAUGAACCGAAUCCCAGCAAACCUCCUGGACCAAUUUGAAAAACAGAUGCCGCUGCACCGGGAUGGUUUUCACACACUGCAGUACCAACGCACCUCCACCACAACCACGACCACGGAGCAGCGGAAUGAAAGCCCUGGGCGUAUACGCCACUUAGUCCACUCGGUACAGAAGCUCUUUACAAAGUCUCACUCCCUGGAAGGUUCAUCUAAGAUGAACGGCACCAAGGGCGACUCACACAGGGACGGCUCUCACCACCACCAUCACCACCACCAAGGCCACCACAAACACAGCAAACGCAGCAAGAGCAAAGACCGCAAAUCUGACAGUAGCGGCAAGCAGCGCUCAGGAGGCUGGUGGAGCUCAGACGAUAACCUUGACAGCGACAGCACGUACAGAACUCCGAGCGUCAUGUCACGGCAUCACGUGGACCACAUCAGCCACUGUUACCCCGACUCAAUGCACGGACACCUGGGAGGAGACCUGUCGCUCAAGACCUCCAAGAGCAACAACGACGUCAAGUGCUCGGCCUGUGAGAGUAUUAGCAUGGCGCCGGAGGGCAAGUUCAUGAAAAGGAGCUCCUGGUCAACACUAACAGUCAGCCAAGCCAAGGAGGCCUACAGGAAGUCCUCACUCAACCUGGAGAAGCCCAUGACGCCCACUGACCUCAAGCCCAACCUCAGGCCCUGUCACUACCUACAGGUGCCGCAAGAUGAGUGGGGAGGUUAUCCUGGUGGUGGUAAGGAUGACGAGAUCCCUUGUCGUCGGAUGCGGAGCAGCAGCUAUGUUAAAGCCAUGGGGGACGAGGAGAGCGGAGAGUCCGACUCGAGCCCCAAGACAUCGCCUCAGAAGUCGGUGCGGCCAGACGCCCUGGUCAAGGCCAUCAUUAGACCCAGGGACCUGCUGGACUCCCAGAGCUCUUACCGCCUGGAUAAAAUCAACAGUGACAUGCGUAACUACAUCACCAAUUUUGCUGCAGACUUAAGUCAGAGCUACCACUUGCAAGCCACCAGGGACAUGCACCCAGGCAUGGCCCUGGACCCCUCAGCCAACUACAAUUCGCCCAAGUUUCGCUCCAGGAACCAGAGCUAUAUGCGGGCCGUCAGCACUCUCAGUCAGGCUAGCUGUGUUAGCCAAGUGAGCCAGGUGAGUGAAACAGAAAUAAAUGGUCAGUUUGAGUCCGUGUGCGAAUCGGUGUUCAGUGAGGUCGAGUCCCAGGCCAUGGAGGCUUUGGACCUGCCCGGUUGCUUCCGGACGCGGAGCCACAGCUACCUGCGAGCCAUCCAGGCCGGUUACUCCCAAGACGAUGACUGCAUCCCCCCCAUGGCCUCCACUGUCACUUCCACCAUCAGGUCUACCACAGGUCCCUCUGUGCAAGAUGAUCCUCACAGCCUGCAGUCUCUCACUGGAUCCAGCCUGAGGAUCCAGUUCUGCCUCCCCUCCACCUGCAGCAUUGACUGGACUCCCCAGCAAACCCCAGCCAUCACCUACACACACAACUACAAGAAGACCCCUCCUCCAGUCCCGCCCCGCACCACCUCCAAACCGCUCAUCUCCAUCACGGCACAGAGCAGCACUGAGUCCACCCAGGACGCCUACCACGAAGGGAGGCACCCGCGUGGUGGGAUGUGGGCCCCCGACGGCCUCAGCUUGGGGCUGAGCCCAGGCAGGGCACUCUACAACUCCACCGACAGCCUGGACAGCACCAAGGCUGUCACCAUAGCCAUGGAGGCGGCCGGGGUCAUGGCUGGAAAAAGACACCCGUCCACGGACUCUCACAGCUCGGUGCUCACCUGCGACAAGGCCAUCCUGGUGUCGAAGGCCGAGGAGUACUUGAAAACGCCUCGGUCUUCGAUAGGGAUACAGGUGGAAGCGGCCACGGACUCUGAAUCUGAAAGCAAAGGCUCGAGGGAGUACCAUUCUGUUGGGAUUCAGGUAGAGGAUGAUAAGAAAGGACAGGGAAGGUUCAAACGCUCCAACAGUGUGACUGCAGCUGUCCAGGCUGACAUGGAGUUGGAGGGUUUUCCCACCAUGGAGGACAAGGGCCUGCAGUUUGGUGGGGGCUUCCAACGACACUCGGAGCCCAGCACACCUACCCAGUACGGGGCAGUGCGGACCGUGCGCACCCAGGGCCUCUUUAGCUACAGGGAGGACUACCGUACACCGGCCGAACCCCCCAGCCCCAGGGAGACCACCAGCGAAACCACCUGGCAGCUAGAACCCCCUCCGCCACGAGAGAGCGCGGCCUCGUCAGGCGAGUCGGGACGGGUGUCCCCCUCCCUGCGGAGGGACGGGAGCUGGUUCAUGCAACUGCUCCACAACGAGACCAAGAGGAUGGAGGGCUGGUGCAAGGAGAUGGAGGCGGAAGCUGAAGAGAAUGACCUGUCAGAGGAAAUCCUAGGUAAAAUCCGGAGUGCAGUGGGAAGCGCUCAGCUGCUCAUGUCUCAGAAAUUCCAGCAAUUCUACUGGCUGUGUCAGCAAAACCUGGACCCCAGCGCCAUGCCUCGACCCACCUCUCAGGACCUGGCUGGGUUCUGGGACCUGCUGCAGCUCUCCAUCGAUGACGUCACCAUGAAGUUUGACCAGCUGCAGCAGAUCAAGAACAACAACUGGAGACCUGUUGACAGCCCAGAGAAGAAGCCACCAACUCCCGUACCAAAGAAGACAAUUCGACAGAAGAGUGCAGUGACGAGGGAGAAAUCCCUGGACCUCCCGGACAGGCACCGGCAGGAGGCCCGUCGACGGCUCAUGGCAGCCAAGCGGGCCGCCUCCUUCCGGCAGAACUCAGCCUCAGAGCGAGCGGACAGCAUCGAGAUCUAUAUUCCAGAGGCUCAGACUAGACUUUGAGAAGACAGGGUCGGGGGCCCGUCGCGUCUCCCUGCUCCCACGCUCAAACUACUUUGAAACUAGCCUUUUUUUCUAGACUGCUACUCUCUCUACUCUUCCUUCAUCCAUCUGUUGUCUGACCGCCAUCCUCAGUGCCCAUCGCCAACACCACUGGACUGCAGGAUGUGCCGAGGCUCUCCUCCCAUUGCCAGAAUGAGUGUUAGCCAAAACGUAUGUCUGACAUUGGUUGGGUUUUUUUUUUUCCCUUGGUUCGCUGGUGACCGUGAUUCUGCGCCCACAAGCUCUCUCUCUCCCAUCCCGGAUGGAUGGGUACAUCUGUAGUUUUUCAGCAUUUGCAAAGUGCCAUUUAAAAAGUGCAGCUUUGAAAACCUACCAGCAACCAGGCCUUUGAGCUAAAAAAAAAUAUAAAAAAAAAGAGUAAAUGAGAAAUAAUGUAUUUAUUUCAAGUUGUUCAAAAAUGGUUAGUAACCCUUAUUCAGUAUUUUUCAGUCAUUUAAGAUUGUGAUUCAUUUCGUUCCUUGUGUUCCUUCGGGGUGUUAAUGUUAAUUCUGGGGAAAAAUAUCACUGAAUUGUUCAACUCUCUGAGAAGUGCCAAUGCUUGAAAUACCUCAGCUACGUGCAUGUGGCACUGGUCACCCAUACAAGGUUAUUCAGGCAGCCCUUAAUAAGCUCUGGACUGGUCAGUGUUGAAAAAAUGCAGCUUUCUGCCCAAUCUGGUUGUAGUUGAACGACACCUGUCAGCUCAUGGACAUGCACAUUUCACACCACUUUCCUAUAUAUCUCAUGUUCCUGUUGCCAACUUUCAGACAUUUGACAUUUACUUGAAGCUGAAAACAUGCAAGUCUCGUGCAAACAUUUUCAUUACGUCAAUGCAGUAUAAAAAAAAAAAAAAAAAAACGAAACUACGAAGGUUUGUGUAACUCUUUAGAUCAAAAUGUGUAGACAAAUGCACUUAUGCACUUAUUACAAUUCUCUCUAUUUCCAAGGGAAAUGUACAUACCCAAGUUCACAAUAGUACUGUUGUAUUUUUGAAUUGUGAGUGGGAAGAAUAUUCAUCACGUUUGUUUUGUUUUGUCCCUUUCAUGUCCGUCGCUCCUCUGCCCUCUCUGUUGCUCGCUCCGGCGAAUCCGAGUCGCGCGCCAAACUUCACUGUGUCUUCAUCUGAAAUCGCUUUCUCUCAGGCCCUUUUCAAGUUUGCGCCCUCAGCCGCGGUUAAUGAGGAGAGAAGUCGUCAAAACACAAACAAAAUAUCUGCAUACACUUUAAUCAGAGAGACGCGCCGUGAUUUAUACGUUUCCUGAAAAGUUCCGUGUUGGUGAAAACUGUCCCUAAGCAAUAUCGUAACCUACUCCCUCUAGGAAAAAAAAGGGAAAUAAUGAAUGGAAACUGGGGCAGAGGUGUUCCAGAGGGAUCCAAGUCUCAAAUAAGUAUAACGAGUAUCCUGUUGCCCAAAGGAAAUAUAUGAGGGAUAGGAGAAAAUGUCUGUGGGUACGCCGCGUGUGUGUGAUAUCUGUGAUGAAACUUGGAUGUAGUCGUGCUGUAUUUGACUUUCAUUAUGAUCACAGUGCGGAGAUGCACUUGAGAGUUUAAUAGGUCUCUGUAAACUUUUAAACUUAGCAUAGUUAUAGCGAGUGUUUCAAGGUAGGAAGUGGGAAUUUCUGUAUUACUCAGUUAAAUUGGUUUGACCCAACUAAUUCUAUUGGUUAGCUCCUGCUAAGUAACCAGGUAUUCUUGCUUGGGUUUAAAUGGAAAUGUCAAGUUUGUUUAAGUGGGAUUGUAUUAUCCAGAGUAAAAAAAAAAAAAAAAAAGUGUAUACCCUGUUUUGGAUAUUAUAGUUGCUUUACCUUUGUGUCACAGGUUCCAGAAGCUGUUGUAUUGCUCUCGUCACAGCCACCAGAGUCCAUUGAUGAAAAAAGCUAUUUUACGUCUUGGAACAACAAAGUUGUUGGUCUAACGCUGCUAUCGAUUGGUUUGGUUUGUUUGUGUCAUUGUGUGGCUUCGGUGUGCUGACACAUUCGUUUGGAUCUGAAUUAAAACGUCACUCAGCAGCUGACAAACAACUUUCAUUUUCUGUGAGGUAAAAUUACCGUUCGGGUCAAUGGACUCUGGUGGCUUUGAAAGAGAGAGCUAUUUCUUACUAGAUCUUAAAUCCAGAAGAGCUGGUUCGACCCAAUCCCGGUCUGCAGUGGGAAUUUGGAAUACCUAGUAUGAUCGGCCAUGGCGCUAAAUUCAUUUUGAGCUAUGGCUAAACUUCUGCUGCUCUCCAUCAUCGAUCUUUGGUGCCGCCACGAUGAACGACGGAGCUGCGUUCACACCAUUAACCCAAAGACUGAAAUCUAUUACUAAAACCUUCAACUGAAUGGUGCUGCUUUUCCAUUUGAUCAGUAGUUCACCGUCUCACUGUCAGCCGAUCGUCAGCUUCAUUACAGAGAUAAAAAUGGUCCGUGUGAACAUCUGCAGCAUAUUUUAUACAAAAUGACAUGGAGUAUUGCGAUUUUCAUUAACAAAACAUUCUUUAAUCACAUUUAUCUUUGUUGUAGUCCAAAAGCACGAGCUCUGAACCCACCAGGGUCUCAAGUGUAUGCAACGUGUUUCGCUCACACUCCCAACCAACCCUGCGGGACACAUUUAUCCGCUGUCAAAUUUCUUGUAGCAGAGCUCCGCCAUUAAAUAUUAGAAAGCUAAAAUAAGUCUGCCUCAGAGUGACAGCGUUUCAAAAAUGCGGUGCCGUGCUUCCCCUUAUAACCCACGGCUGAGACUACAUAUUAAACACACACGCGUCUGUGGUGAUUCUGCUGCUUUUUUUUUUCCUCCUUCUUUUUUUUUAUAUUCCAGAAGCAGAGGCCUUUUAUCAGAAUGACAGUGGGUUUCUGGAAAGGGUCUGGGCGUGUGAUGCCAGGCAGUUGGCAGAGCCGAGACGUUCCCCCUGCUGUUGCCACGGUGGCAGGCAGACGGGGAGAGAAAGAGAGAGAGAGAGAGAGAGAGAGAGAGAGGCAGACUCAGCCUGACAUAUGCUGGCUUAGAGGAGACGAGAGCUCUGCGCUGAGCCUCAAACUGCUGGUGCUGUGUGCUGUUGUGUGGCUGGGAGGCUGCUGUGUGUGAGGAUAGCCGGGGCGCUGUGCUGGGUGAUUUUCAGCCCUGCCUUUGACUAGGCAAAGCAGCUUAUGUAAGAUUUUGGGUCCUUGGCGAGAUCAAGCAAACAGCCUCCAAGGCCCUUCAGAGCUCGGGCUGAUAAACGUGUUGCCGAACAGUGGCCCACACUGGAGAACUUAAGCAUCAGCGGUGCAUGCAUUAGCCUGCGUCGGUGCAAACCACGCGGGGCUAUGAGGAAGGGCUAGCGUAAAGAGCCACCUCUGAGGCGCGCCUCCUCCUCCUCCUCCCCCGCGGAGCGUUCACCUAAUCUGCGGCGAGGACGCUUCUCUCUCGAGUCGCGGCGCGAACGAACAAUUUCAAACAGCAAAUUGAGAUCAGAGCCAGAAGUCACCCGGGGUGGCAGGAAAGAGAAAAUCUUCAAAAAAAAAAAAAAGAUUUGCAGAGAAAGAGAACGUGCGGCUUCGGUCGAAUACAAAGCUCCGGCUUCAGGUGGGAACUGUGUUUGCAGAAAUCAUCGUCAUGGGAAGGGGUAAUAACAAUAAUUUUCUAAACCGUGGAUGAAAUCUCUCGCCGCUGUAUUGGCGGGGUCAAGUUUGUGUCAGAGUGAGAAUCAUUUUCAAUCAAUGAAGCGUCUUUUUUUUUUUUAUCAACCCUUUCAGUGAGUUUUGUAUGAGCAGGUAUGAACACAGUCUUUCAAGGCCUCCUUUUGCAAAGUGUUUUUCCCUUGAGGCUUAGUGUAGUGGGCGCUCUAUGCAGGAUCCCUCUGGCUGACGUACACUUGCGCCGCGUGCGUGUGAUUCCCCCCUCACUUGAAAACUGCAGCGACCUUGCGUUUUUUUUCCGCGACAAACCCAAACCUCGCCAAAGCCCCCCGCCCCCAGCGACGGAAACUUUUAAUUUCACGAGGGCAGCAGUUAACUCCAAGUGCCAUCUUUUUGACAUACAUCACCUUCCUUCGUCUUGCUUUCUCUAAUCCAGCCCCUCUCCCACGUCCAGUCACGCUCUUCUCCCUACGCGUCCUACAUUCUGUGGCCUCACUUCCUUGGUGCGACUGUGUACCCGCUUUUAAAACCCACGAUGUGAAAUAUUUCAAGGGGACUUUUUCGUAAACCGCGGCGUGGAGCGAGCAUCGGACUGGUCCAACACUUCCUUGAACUUGGAAUGUGAAAAACAACUCUAUAAUUACUAGAUACAAUGAAAAAGGUAGUUGUUUAGCUAAAACUAUUUUCAUCUCUUGUAUAUCAUAUCUAUAGUGAGGAUGAAUAUAAUGCCAAAUAUUCAUUAUUUGUAAAGAAAUAUAUAUAGAGAAAUAUAUAAAUAUAUAAUAUAUGCUUCAUUGAAACUAUUUUCUGCUCUUGCUCAUGUUUCGUUGUCAUUUUUACUUGGUUGUUUUAUAAGCUGAUAUGAUGGCAUGCGAAACACUGAUUCUGAAUGUAGGCUUAUUUAUUGUUUUUUUUUUAAAUGUCAUUAUUAUUUUAAUGGUUCGACUCUGUCUCACUGACGUAUUUAUUUAAGUCGAUCACAUUUAUCAGUGUGUCUCCUUUCAGUGCAAGUUGCCGCAUCAUUUGUUUCUUUUUCUUUGACUAUUUGAGUAUUUUGCAACGACCUAUGCGUUUCUCUAUAUUCUUUCCUAGCCGAGCUAUUGCAGGACUUUGCCUCUUCGAGUAGUUUGUCCAUCGCUUCGGUCAUCCAUUGUAAAUAGUUCUGCAAUUAAAUUUUUGGAGAAAAAACUUUGGGAAAGUU